AUGUUAAUUCCAAACCAUUGGUAUAAAGAUGAAUAUUAUAAUGAAAUAUUUUCUAAUGAAGAGGUGAUAUGUAACAAAGAUCCUAACAAUAAUUAUAAUGAUACCUUUACAAAUACUCAGAAAUAUACUUCAAGUGAUCAUUCAGAACAAUGUAACAAGCAAAUAUCACAAAAUCGAAUUAAAAUGGAACUUAAUCAAAUCCAAGAAGAAUCCAAUAUACGACAAGAAGCUUUGAAAAAUCAAAAAAGGAAUGAUAAUCAAAUUAUUUCGAGUAUAAAUGGAGUUUUAAUUGAUUUGCAGCAGACGUGA